AGAGAAGAAGACAAGAAUGAUCUGUCAUGAGAAGUGAGAAUCCGAGAGGAAGCAAAUGGCAAUUAAAACAAGAAAGAUGCUCUCUCUACUGCUCCAGAGACACUGACUUCCAGCUCAUCUCCAAACCAACAUUACUCUCUCUCUCUCUCUCUUCUUUCCUCUUUUUUCAUCAUUUCUUUAUUACUAUUUUACUUUGAAAUUUAGUGAAUCCUAACGCUCUGGUCCCAUCACUGCCUCCUCUAUCAUCUUGCUUACAACCACUCACUACACUUUCUCUCUCUCUCACUUCAUCCAUGGCUUCAUCUUCUUCUGAGUUUCUCUUCUCUCUGUUGUGCCUUGCUCUCUUAUCUCUUCCUCUCAUCGUCUCCUCCAUAGGCAUCAACUACGGCCAGGUCGCUAACAACCUUCCUCCCCCAAAAAACGUCAUCUCUCUCCUCAAGUCUGUGGGAGCUACAAAAGUCAAGCUCUAUGACGCCGAUCCACAAGCCCUCCGUGCCUUCUCCGGCUCCGGCUUCGAGCUCACAGUGGCCCUCGGCAACGAGUACCUGGCCCAGAUGAACGACCCUAAAAAAGCUCAAGCCUGGGUGAAGGAGAACGUCCAAGCUUACCUCCCAAACACCAAGAUCGUGGCCAUCGUAGUGGGAAACGAAGUCCUCACCUCUAACCAGUCAGCCCUCACGGCGGCCCUCUUCCCGGCUAUGCAAAGCAUCCACGGCGCUCUGGUGGAUUGUGGCCUAAACAAGCAGAUCUUUGUGACGACGGCUCACUCACUGGCCAUCUUGGACGUGUCCUACCCUCCCUCAGCCACUUCCUUCCGCCGAGACCUUCUCAGCUCUCUCACUCCCAUCUUGGACUUCCACGUCAAGACAGGCUCACCAAUCCUUAUCAACGCCUACCCUUUCUUUGCCUACGAAGAAAACCCCAAACACGUCUCUCUCGACUUCGUUCUCUUCCAACCAAAUCAAGGCUUCACCGACCCUGGCUCUAAUUUCCACUACGACAACAUGCUCUUCGCUCAGGUCGACGCAGUCUAUCACGCCCUUGACGCUGUCGGCAUCAGCUACAAGAAAGUCCCCAUAGUCGUCUCCGAGACCGGGUGGCCUUCCAACGGUGACCCGCAGGAGGUUGGAGCCACCUGCGAUAAUGCUCGCAAGUACAAUGGGAAUCUGAUCAAGAUGAUGAUGAGCAAGAAGAUGAGGACGCCUAUUCGACCUGAGUGCGAUCUCACCAUCUUCGUCUUUGCUCUCUUCAACGAGAACAUGAAGCCUGGACCCACCUCCGAGAGGAACUACGGUCUCUUCAACCCUGACGGAACUCCAGUUUACUCCCUUGGGAUCAAGACUUCCUCCACUCAUAGUAGCGGUAGCAGCAACUCCACUGGUGGUAGUAGCGGUGGCGGUGGCGGUAACACUGGUGGCUCUUCCAGCGGUGGUGGCAUCUACCCGCCGGUCACGGAUAACCCAUCACCGGACUACAUGUCCAUUUCCUCCGCCGGGGGCAAGGGCAGAUUCGUUGAGUGCGUCUUGUUCUUCCUCUUGCUUUGCAUCAUCAAGCUUCGGUUGUAAAAGGCUUUUACUAAAGCUUCCCCCACUAGAUCUCGUCGGCUUUGUACUUUUACUCUGUUGAUGACGUGAUAUAGCCCCUAAAUUUAAUUUAAUUAGUUGGUGUUUUGUCGGAGCAGGAUGAUGGAUUCAGAAAACUAUGUUGUUCCAACCUCCUAUCCAACUCUUUUUUUUUUUUUUUU